AUGGCUCCGUCCGGAACGCGAGAGAAGCGAACAAAGCCAUGUUCGAACUGUAAAAAAUCCAAAGUGAAAUGUAUAUAUACUAGUGAACUUCCAUGUGAAAGAUGUGUAAAGAUGGGUCAAUCUUUACAUUGUCAAUUUGUACCUAAACUCCCAUCAUUAUCACUCCCACUGUUGAGCCCACAAAUUCAAGAGAGUCCAGUCAAUAAUGUUUCACGUGCCCCAUCGGUUUUCCAGCUACAACCACAACCGCAACAGCAUCAUCCACGUCAUCAUCCACUCCCAUCAUCGGUUGGACCUAUACUUCCAUUGCAUACACCUAGACAACCUAAUAUACCGUCAAUACGAAAUCCUGUUGAUUUUUCUAACCAUCCACGAGACCCUUCAAGGGAAAUGUGGAAGGAUAAUAUGGAGAAUAGAAUCAAUUCAUUUGAUAAUAAAUUAAAUGAUUUAGUUGACAUUCUUAAAUCAAAUCAACAAUUAUUGUUGGAUAGUCAACAACGAUUUGCUACCUUACCAUACCAAACAGUAGAUCAAAAUGGUAUACCGAUUCAAGUGGUAGGAGGGAAUGGUAGUAAUGUGAGUGCUCUGGCUACCCCACCGCUUGGUCAUUAUCAAAAUCCACACCGUGGUAUUCCAACAUUUUCAAGUUUACCCAAUUCCAGACCAAUGUCCCCAUAUCCAGAAGUCCGUCAAGAUAGUCCAUUAAAGUUGGACUAUAAAAUGGAUGAAUCAUCUCGGAAAAGAACCCGUAUUGAUGAUAGAGAAGAAGGAGGAGUCAUUAAAGUUCAAAAGGCAUACCCAACUGAUUUUAGAGAUGGAUACCUUGAACUUUCAGAAGCCAAGAUUUUAUUUGAAUUUUUCGAUGCAAAUAUUUCACAACAACUCUUUGGAUUUGAACUUUCUAAAUAUUCAGUGGCUGAUUUAUGGAAUGAAUCUCCAGUUUUGAUAUGUGCUAUAUGUACAAUUUCUUCAAUUCAUCAUCCUUCCAAACAUCUUUCUGAGAAACUGAAUCAACUCAAGAAAUAUCUUCAAACAUUAUGUUCCAAUUUAUUAUAUCAAGGAAGACCCAAAACUGAAAUGGAAGGAUUCCAUGCUAUAGUUGCAUUAGUACUUUGUAGUUUCUGGUUAUCAGAUUCACAAAUGUUUACUGGAUUAGCUUUACAAUUGGCUAAAGAAAUUGGACUCAAUACUCGUAAAGUAAGCACAGAAAGGAAUGGAUUGAAAAAUAAAGAUAGAGUGAAAUUAUGGUACUUGUUAUAUGUAUUGGAUGGUCAACAAAGUUUAACUUUUAAUAGACAACCAUUAGUUGCAUCGAAUGAACCAUCAUUUCUGAAUGCUCGAGAGAUUUUGGGAACUGAUCAAAAGACUUUAGAAACCUCAUCCGAAAUUGAAAGGGAAGAAAAGAAAAAAUUGAUUGGAAAUAAUGAAAAUAAAUAUAAUGAAUCAAAAUCAUCUUAUCAUGAAGAGAGAUUUAAUGAUAUGAGAUUAGUAUCACAAGUCGAAUACAAUCAAGCAUUGAACGAGGCAUUUAGUGGGAAUGCAUGGGAUUUAUUGGCACCAUCAUCAUUUGGAAUUCCUUCCAAGACUAAUCUUCAAUUGGAUAAAUGGAUGGUUUCAUGGACGGUAUUACUUGCCCCAGUUACAAAUGGGGCUGUAUGGUCUUCCAAAUCCACAUUAAUUUAUUAUAAUUUUGCCAAAAUGCAUAUUAAUUCCACAGCAGUUAGAAGUCUUCAAAUGCAACCACAUGGUGAUGAAAGGUUACCAAAAUGGGAUAAAAUUCCAACCGUUUCAAACGUACCACCUUCACCAAGAAAAAUUGAAAAAAUAUCUGAAAAUUCUGAUAGUGAUUCAAGUGAUGAUGAAGAAUUUAUAUCCAAUAAGGAUUAUGUAUCUGAAGAUGAAACAGUCAUUAGUGCUGGAAUUGCAGCAAGUGCGGCACAAACUGUAUUGAAUUUAGUGGUUAAUGAUAAAGAUAUAUUAAAUAAUUUGAAAUAUGUUCCCGUACAUAUUCAUAUUAUGCUUUAUUAUGCAGCAUUAUUAAUGAUAAACCCUCCAUUAGUAUCAAAUAAUAAAUCUGAAUCGCCAAAUAAGAAAACUUAUUUCAAAAAGAUGAUUACAAAUUUACAAUUAGUUAAAAAGCUUCAAAAGAAAAUUUACUUGAAUUUACCAACUGAUAAACAAUUUGGAGAUCGAUUAAUUAAAAGUAUAAAUGAACUACUAGAAGAAAAAACUACCAAUUUAAAAGAAGAAUUAACUUCAAAAGAUUGUAUAGAAGAAUUCGAUAAAGGAACUCGAGAAAAAUUUCUUGGUGAAUUGAAUAAUUUAGAAAGUCAAGAUCUCUCAGAUAAUAUUAUAGAAUUAUCUGAUGUUGAGCUGGCAAGAAGAAGUAGUGGAGAAAGCCCUGGGACAGAAAAAAUAUAUGCAUGGCCUGGUUCAAAUCAUGGACAUCCAUAA